GAAGACCCGUUUGAGCGCUUCAAGAAGAUGCUCAAGUUCGGCAUCCCUCGCGUGGCGGUGGAAGACAAAAUGCGGAUGGAUGGCAUCAACCCGGCUGGGCUGGACAGCCCCGUUCCUGAAGGACAAGUCUACGUCAAACCGCCGCCUGAGCCGGCCUCAUCUGCUCCCCGGCCGUCGAUAUCGCGCAAGAGAUGGCAUUGGGCCCAAGUGCCAAACGAGAAACGCACUUCGCCACUAGAGGGAGGGUCUACUUGGACUCAACGCAGCGAGAAAGGAGCUGCGGAGCGCAUCUCCGAUGCCAUGAAGACAGAUAUCCUGAGGCAUUAUACCAGUGUGAUCGACCCCGUUGCGACCAACGCCGCCUGUGUCUCCCUGCCGUCGGCCAGUGGAGAUGUGAGUCUCGCUUUGGGGACUCAGGCGCGCUCCCGAAUCGUGAAAAGAGGGGGUGUGCGGAUGAUGAAGGGCCAGAAGAGCCUCAACUUCGAGCUGGCAGUUAGGAGAAUCACAGUGCCGUUCGAGAAAGUCGCCGAAGACCUCGAAGACCUGACUGCAGUUUAUAUCAAGGUCGCCGACAUCAAGACUAUCCUGGCGAUGUGGCCAAGCAUGGCCGAGCAGCUCGUGCUGAACCAGUUGAUAGCAGACAACGCAACGCUGGGACUAAGUGAGCGGUUCUUCGUGGCUGUCCGUGCAGUCCCAAGGGUGAAGGAGAAGCUCGAGUGCCUCCAGUUCAAGCUGGAGUUUUCGUCGCGGGUGUACGAACUGGAGCAACUGGCGCAACGUGUGACGAGGUCUCUGAACCAGCUUCACUCGAGCGACAAAUUCCAGAGACUGAUGUGGGCUCUGCGGGACUUCGGAAACUUCGUCAACGGACACGAGACGGAGGCUCAAAGCUUUUCGCUCGAGUCGCUGCUCUCGUUGAUGACUACGAAGUCGUUCGUCGACCCAACUAUAUCGUUGCUUGAUACGUUUGUGGAGUUCAUUCAGAAUGACAAGGACAACUACCUCCCGGAGUUCUACGAGGAAAUCAACCAGGUGCCUCUGUGCUGCAACGUGUCUGUCAGCGCAAUGCAAGCCGAAAUGAAGCAGCUCCGCGAGGGCCACCGACUCGCGGUAUCGCUAGCUGAAGCGGCUUCAACGACGAGUACUGCCCCAGAGGCAGUCGAGGAAGCAGCUCGGUCGCAGACAGCCUUUGCAAGAUUUGCUAGCGAAGUUGACAGUGAUCUGGGCGCCGUCCAGAAGCUCCUCGACGAGCUGGAACACAGCAAACAGCGCUUCAGUUGCAAGUACGAGGAGAACCAAGAUUGUCCUCUCGAGCAGAACUUCAACACGAUCGCUCGCUUCGUGUCCGAGUUCAAGGCCAGAGCCACCGCGCAUGUAGCCACGUGCACGGUCAUCGAAGAUAAGCACUGA